AUCAUGCUUGAAGAUGGCACCAUUCUCAACAUUUACCCCAAUAAUUCCUAAAAAAUUAGACAUUCCUGCAGAUAUGAUGCCUUUAAAACCUGAUAAGAUGUGGUUUUAAAUAAGAAUACCAUAUUCUUUCACUCCUAAAUUCCAAAAUCGUCCAGCGCAACGUCCAAAGAGAUCCUACAAUGUUCAUUACGAUACCCAGUAACAAGAAGCACCCAUUCAAAAUAGGUCCUUAUUAGCAACAAAACCUUUCCUAAACUCUUUAAAAUUAAUGAUAAAAAACAGGAAAGCAUACACACUUAUAGUAAAGAUAAAAAUAGUAAUUUAUGCUGCCAUUAGUUUCUGAAUUGGAUUUAAUCACAGAGCAAGAACUACAGUAAUGUGCAUAUAAUUAAGGCUGAGAUUAUUCAUAUGCAUGCGGUAGAGUGGAUUUUUGUUGUAAGAUUAUUAUUGUCAUUGAUUCCUUUCUGGGGUAAUUCACAUGUUACAGUAAAAUACAGUUAAAAAUAGAGAUAUAACAAUCAUAAUUUUAUUGAAACAUGGGUAUUUUCUGGCUGGAAAUGACAAGUGACAAGAAAUUAUAAGACAUGGUGUUAUAGAUGUUAAUAAUAAAUUAUACAUAAUUCUGUUUUUCUUUCUAGAUUUUUACAGAUAUUGCCAUGUCCGAAAUUAUUCAUAUCCCCUGAAAUUGCCACAGUUGUUGCUGUCUGUCUGUCUGACACAAUAGUUCUCGAGUCAGUUACUAGUCAAUUGCAAGUCAUGACUAAGACCAAAAAGCUUGGAGAGCUGUUCUUAAGGUCCAUAUCACUUUGAAAGAGUUUCGUGUUGUGGCUGCUCAGAAGACAAGAAAAGACUAUGAAGUCAUAUCUAAGAGUUUCUAAGUGCAUGUGACAACAGUGCAAAGCAGAAUAAAAAAGAACAAGAAGUUCCACACUGUAAAAAAAAACUCAAAGGGGACGCACAGGUAGCUCACCUGGUUGAGCAGAAGACCCAUAAACAGGGGCUGUAGUCUCAGACACGGUGGCCUGGGUUUGAUUCCGGCUAACGGCCAUUUGCUGCAGGUCUUCCCCCAUUCUUCACCCUACCUUCCUGUCUGCCUCUUGACUAACCUAAUAAAGCCAACAAAAGGCCACAAAACAUUAAAAAAAAAAAAAAAAACCUCAAAGGUAGGAAGCCUGAAGUGACCCCUGAACUGCAACAAUCCAAAUAUCACCACCAAGACCAUCCUGAUGAAUCUGAGCAGUUCUGAUAUCGAAAUCUGAAAGCAGACAAUCUCACUAAAAAUCAAACUUUUGGAAUAUUUUCUAGUAUGGAUAAUUUUAGACUGUAAAGGUUUUAUAUGAAGUCUACCAAAAAUACAAUAUGCCCUGUGUGAUCAAGCUGUUGGUCUCUCUUGAGUGCAUUUGUUCAUAAGUUUGAAUUUUGAAUUGCGUCACUUUAAUGUGUUGCUUGGCUGUGAGUCGUGUGUAUUCAGAGAGUGAAAUGUGGGAUGCGUCCUGAUUAUUUAGAGCCUUGGAUAGUUUUCAUUCCUGGCCGAGGUCUCAGAACCUCUCUAAAAUCUGAAACAAUAAACAAAAAUUAAUUUCAGAAGACCAUUUGUUGAUUAUAUAAGUCUUUGCCACGUGUCAGCUGCACGUCGUCCAGCUCGCUGAGGAGAUCCAGAUGUAAGCUUUAGGAGAAAAACCUUGAAACAUCCAACCUCUGGCAUGUUGGACCCUCAGAGGAAGCCCUUUGACAGGUAUACAAGAGACUAAAUCCACAGGUAAAGACACACAAAACUACUCUAAAAUACAUCUAAAACAAUGUUAAACGAUGCAAGGAUUUGGCCAAAAAUCUUCUUAAAAAUGUCAAUAUUUCUGUUUAAAUAACCUAACACUACCCUUCCUGUAAUGUACUGUUACCGAUAAACAUGUGGAACCAGAGUCAUGCUUGUCUGAACGCUGUUAAACCCAGCUCUCCUUCCAUCUCUUUAAAAGCAACACAAACAUCUGUGAAACAUUUGUUCUCUCUCAGAUAAGAUUUCCUCAUUCAACUGUUUGCCUUCACGCCGAGCUUGUAAAACACAACAGUCUGUGUCUGGCUCGGAGCUGCGAGGAGCCUUUUGGUGGAGCUGCAGCAAAACAGUUUCUCUGCGGUGGAAUUUAAGUGUUUCUUCAGAUACGAUGGACGUCAGAGGGGUUUGCUUGAUGUUUUGCCUCCUGCUGUUGGCACAUUGUUCGCAGCAGCAGACGUCCUCCAAGAAAAGAAACGGCAAGAAAGACUCUGCCACUAACGCUGCAAUUGAAGAGCUGAAGAAACAGAUUAAUGACAUUUUUCAGGAGCUGAACUUGUUGAAAGAGCAACAGGCUUUACAGACAGUUUGUCUGAAAGGCACAAAAAUCCUCCGCAAGUGUUUCCUGGCUGAUCCGGCGAAGAAGAACUUCCACGCAGCCAGUGACGACUGCAUCGCCAAAGGAGGCAGCCUGAGCACCCCUCUGACGGGGGACGAGAACGACCAGCUCUACAGCUACGUCCGCCAGAGCAUCGGCCCAGAUGAGCACAUCUGGCUGGGCAUCAACGACAUGGUGACCGAUGGCCAGUGGGUGGACCAGUCGGGCUCCAACGUUCGCUUCAAGAACUGGGAGACGGAGAUCACCCUGCAGCCGGAUGGGGGGCGCAGCCAGAACUGUGCCAUCUUGUCCACCACGGCCAACGGGAAGUGGUUCGAUGAGAACUGCAGGGCUGAGAAGGCCUCUGUUUGUGAGUUCAACAUCGUCUGAGAGCUUAUAAAUCUCUGACAGCAUUAUGAACAUUAAGCGCUGCUUGCUGCAAAAAGAAUGAAGAUGCUAUCAGGUACAUUCAUGGAAUACAUUGAAAAAUAAUGUGCUGCAUCUUUCCUCAGCUCUCACUUUCUUGACCAGGUUGUCCAGGUGUCAGUCCAGAGCAAAGAGAUUUCACACAGUGGUUAGGGAUACAGUAUGUCAUUUUAUAAGCUAAACUCACUGGAACUUGAUAUUGUUUGUGGAGUUAAGGCCCAGAAUUAUUCAUAUGCAUUCAAAGUUUUGAUUUAUAAUUCAAGCAAUAGAUUUCUUCUGACUAAAAAUGACAAAAAAGGUGACAAAAACACAGUUUUACAGAUGUUAAUGAUGAAUUUUUAUCUAUUUCUAUGUUGUUUUCACAUUUUUACUGAACAUUCCAUCUGUUUUACACCAUUAAACAUGUUCAUGAUAAUAUUUACUGAGUUCUAGAUUGUUUUAACACACUAGAAAUUGAGAACAGCUGGUUUAGUAAGUCUCUAGUCACUUAAUAGUGAAUUGGAAGUCAUGACUAAAACUAAAGAGCUUAGUGAACUUGUUUACCACAUUAAAGAUAAAGUCAUAUCCAAGGGAAUAUAUGGAAUAUAUGAAUAAUUUAGGAUGUGAAUAAUUGGAAAAGGUUAUUUCUAUGAAAAGAAGUAAUUUCAGUUCAUCUUUAACAUCACUAACACAGUGUCUUAUUGUCUUCUGUCACUUGUUUACAUCAUUUCCAGCCAAAGCAAAACUAUUGGUGGCAUAAAAAAUCACUUACUGUAAAUCAAUAAACCUGUAUUCUCCAUCAUAUUCAGUAGAAGUUGCAGCAUCUUAGAUAUUCGCCGAGCUAGAUGGCUUGUCUUUGUUUUGUUUUUGCCUGAAGAACAAUUAUCAUGUGCGCCUUUUUAAAUGUCAAGUUAUGCUGCUUACGUUUCAUUAUAUGGUGAUUAUAAUAAACAUGUAUCUCCUCUA